AUGGGCAAGCCCGCGUCCUGGCGCGCAAGGCCGCAAGCCCGGCCACGCGCGCGCCCCCCGGGGCCGGCGCCCCGCACCCGCGCUGCACGUGCCGCCCGGCCGGGCGCGAAGCGGCGCUGCCGUCGGGCCCCGCCGCCAAGGUCACGGGCGCGGGCUCGGGGCGCGGCCAGCUCCCGCCCCUGCGUGCGCCGGGCUCGGGGGGCGGGGGGCGGGGAGGGGCAGCGGCGCGGCCCCUCCCGGGGGUGCUGGAGGGGCCCGGCCCGGCCGCCCGCGGACACCGACGGCCCCAUCCGGCCGCGCGUGACGGGCAGAGCAGACGGCGGGGGAUGCCCGGGCCGCCCCAUAAGAAGCGCGGCGCUCGGCGCGGCCACGACAGCGCGGCCGGGGGCUUCCGCCGCGGGACCCUCCCGCCGCCGCUAUAAGAGGCGCGGGGCUCGGCCAUGCCCCGCAGCGGCCGGGCAGAGGCCGAGCCUGAGGACCCGGGCCCCCGCGCGCCCUGAGCCCUCCCCGGGGAGCCCCGCAGCCGCCGGCGGCCCCGCCCGGCCGGGCCCCGUGGCAGUCAUGCUGGGGCUGCGGACCUGGUGGGUGCUGGCGCUCUCGUCUCUCUCCAACACGCUGGCCGUGAACAACAGCGGGAGGUGGUGGGGCAUCAUCAAUGUGGCGUCCUCCACCAACCUGCUGACGGACUCCAAGCACGUGCAGCUGGUGCUGGACCCCAGCCUGCAGCUGCUGAGCCGCAAGCAGCGCAAGCUCAUCCGCCAGAACCCCGGCAUCCUGCACAGCAUCAGCACCGGGCUGCAGAGCGCCAUCAAGGAGUGCAAGUGGCAGUUCCGCAACCGGCGCUGGAACUGCCCCACCACGCCCGGGCCCAACAUCUUCGGCAAGAUCGUCAACCGGGGCUGCCGGGAGACGGCCUUCAUCUUCGCCAUCACCAGCGCCGGUGUGACGCACUCGGUGGCCCGGUCGUGCUCGGAGGGCUCCAUUGAGUCCUGCACUUGUGACUACCGGCGCCGUGGGCCCGGUGGCCCCGACUGGCACUGGGGCGGCUGCAGCGACAACGUUGACUUUGGCAGGGUCUUUGGCAGGGAGUUCGUGGACUCCAACGAGAAGGGCCGGGACCUGCGCUUCCUCAUGAACCUGCACAACAAUGAGGCCGGGCGUAUGACGGUGUUUUCGGAGAUGCGGCAGGAGUGCAAGUGCCAUGGCAUGUCGGGCUCAUGCACGGUGCGGACGUGCUGGAUGCGGCUGCCCACCUUCCGCACGGUGGGCGACUUCCUGAAGGACCGCUUUGAUGGCGCUUCCCGCGUUGUCUACGGCAACAAGGGCAGCAACCGGGCGUCCCGCGUGGAGCUGCAUCACCUGGAGCCUGAGAACCCGGCCCAUAAGCCGCCCUCGCCCCACGACCUUGUCUACUUCGAGAAGUCACCCAACUUCUGCACCUACAGUGGUCGCACGGGCACAGCUGGCACGGCCGGGCGCUCCUGCAACAGCUCCUCACCUGCCCUGGACGGCUGUGAGCUGCUGUGCUGCGGCCGCGGCUACCGCACCCGGACGCAGCGGGUCACCGAACGCUGCAACUGCACCUUCCACUGGUGCUGCCACGUCAGCUGCUUGAACUGCACCAACACCCAAGUGCUGCAUGAGUGCUUGUGAGUGGGGAGCGCCUGGAGCCCCCUGCCCCGCCGAGACCCCCCUCCCACCUUUACGGCAUCCCCGGGACCCUGGAAGCAAACCCAUUUCCCUGCCCCGCUCUGGCAUGGCAAAGACUGCCAGGGGGAGGGGCACAGACACAUGGGGACGGCCUGGCACAGUGGGGGGCAUCCUCUGUAGAGCCAAUGGGAACCAGCACCCACAGGUGGGGGUUAACCCCUCUGGCUGGACCCUGGAACCAUAGCGGGGCCAGGUGGGCAAAAGGGAACGGGCCAGCAGCUUCCUACUGCACCCCUACUGCUCUACAACCCUGGCCAAAGCGGGGGUCCUGGCUCCACAGCCCAAGGCAAUGGGGCAAGGGGGAGAGCCCAGAGAGAUGCCACCUCUGAGGUCAAGAUUUGAACCAGUGACCAGAACAGGGGGUGCCUCAGCAGCCGCCUGCCCCUGCUCCUGCCCCCCCGGCCAGAUGCUCCCAGGUCUUCCUCUGCUGCAUGUGCGGGAAGCUGAAAGGUGCCUGGACGAUGACACACUGCACCGGUGUUUGCAGCCAGCGCCGACUGCCACGUGCUACGGGGCCUUGCACAGCUUUGCCAGGACAGCAUCCAACCCAUAGCCUGGCUCUGCCCUGGGGGCCAUGGGAGUGACACGCACUAAGACGCGGGGAGGGGGGUCUCUGCUCGCCUGCACAUACACUAUUUAUUGGGACUGGGUUUGUAUCGCCUCGGCGGCCCCUGCUCUUAGACACUCCCACGUGCUGGAUCCGGCCGUGCCCCUUCCUGCCCUGUGAGCACUGAGGACGCGGCUGCUUCAUUACGGAUAAACCUGUAGGCUCCUAGAGAAGAAUAAAGUCUAUUUUUAUCAA